CUUGACUUCUACAUAAAUAUACACCACAAGCGAGCAACCUGCGAUAUUCGAAAUAGGUUAGUCUAAGGUGUUUUUUGAAGUAUAGAAAAAAUAAACUCGUGAGUGUAUAUUUUGUUCGAUUUGUGUAUCUUUUGAUCCAGUAGCAAUGGAUCCCUGGCAUCUCGAAAUUGGUUUUACUUCCUCUGUUAAUCCAUUCCCGGAGGUUGGAGUCAAGUUGACGCCAAAUUCCGUUGUGUAUUACGCCGGUACAAACAUUAGUCCCCCCGAUUGUAAAAUCAUGUUUACUUGGUCCAGAGAAAUUAAGGGCUUCAUAGGAAUGGCUUCUUCGGCAGCCACACAACUUCAUCUGGACCAGCCAAAAUUUUGGACCGUGGUGGGAUCUUCACCCAGUUAUGUUCCGACAAAUGAUGAUGUCGGCCAUUGUCUGAGGUUAGUAUCUUAUGCAGUUAAUUCUUAUGGAGUUAAAAUGUCUUCCACAUUUAUUCUUGUCACUAGUCCGGUUAGGCCCUUGACUUUAAGCCCUUCUUCUCGUAGAAUCAUCCCUACAAUCUCCGGACUUAAAAGGUUAGGGAAACCACAUUCAGUCGUUAAAAAUGGCGGUUUUAGAGUUUUGUCUUACAAUUUACUGGCAGAUAUUUAUGUUAAUAGCGGUAGAGAUAGUUAUAGUUACUGCCCUCGAGAUAAAGUUACAUGGGAAUACCGUAGCCAGAAUUUAUUAAGGGAGAUACUUUCUUAUGAGGCUGACAUCUUGUGUCUUCAAGAAGUUCAGAGUGAUCACUACAAGGAUUUUUUUGAACCCGAACUUGCUAGAUUCGGAUACUUGUCAAUUUAUAAGGGAAAGACGAAAGAGUUAUCUGAUAGUAAAGCAAAAUAUGUAACUGACGGAUGUGCCACAUUUUUUCGCCGCGACAAGUUCAAAUUGGUUAAAACUUAUGAAGUUGAAUAUGAUAGAAUUGCAGAACUGAUGAUUAGUCGGCUAAAAUAUGAACAAAGGGGCCUCGCUAGAAGUCGUCUUAUGAAGGAUAACAUUGCCACCGUAGCGAUACUUGAAGAAAUCAACAAUUUUCAUUCGAGAAUAUGUGUUGCGAAUACCCAUCUAACUGGUGGGAAGGGUGUGUCAGACGUUAGAUUGUUUCAAGUGGUUAAUCUGAUUAAAGGGCUCAAAAGAAUUGAUUCUUUGGGGAUUCCUGUUUUAGUUUGUGGUGACAUGAACUCUGCUCCAGGAAGCGAUACUCAUACUUAUCUUCUGGAAGGUAAAGUUGGUUAUUAUAGACAGGAAAAGAAAGACGUUUUAGGGAUAUCCAGACAUCUUAAAUUGAAUCAUUCCAUGAAUCUGACCAGUGCAUAUUCAGGGACACCAAAUGCACACCAACAUGAGACAUUGGACUACAUUUUUUAUCCUCAAAAUAAGUUGAAAGUUGAUGGAGUGUUUGAAAUACCUUUUUAUGAAAGCAUAGGAAAGAAGAGGCUACUGCCUACACCUCAAUGGUCAUCUGAUCAUGUCGCGCUGGUAGCUGAUUUGAGAAUUAAGAAAGCUUACAGAGAGCAAAAUUGCUCCGAACUUCCUAUUGAUCCAUGGGAACAAUUUAAAAUGGUGAAGAAUAUUGAGGUUCCACGACAAGCAUUCAAGAAAUCAAAGCAUUGGCAUGACAUGUACAACGGAAACGAGGAAAGCAAAUUCAUAUUUGGAAACCUUAUGCCAAAGUGUGUAAUAACUCUCCCUCACCAAUUGACCAGUAUUAGUAUCAAUCAGCAGCUGAUGAUAGGUUGUCCAUAAGAUCCAUGAGCAUUUAGGUCUCACAUUUUUUGGCAACAUGUUUCUUGUACCCUUCAUUGCGGUCUGUGUAAUGGUUCGCCGUGAUGUUCUGAGAAAUUGCUGAUAUGUUUUUUGCUUAUGAGUAACUCC